AUGAGUGUGCAACAUAUUAAGAAGCUUCUUGGUCAUAAUUCCAUAAAGGUUGUUGCACCAACUGGAGACGCUGCUAGAAUAAUUAAUGGUAGCACUUUACAUUCAUUUAUGGGCUUGGGAAAAUAUGGUUUUAAUGUUGAAAAGUUGAAUGGCUUAGAUUUGUUGGCAUUUAGACAAAAGCACAUUGGUUUACAGUUUUUGUUUGUUGAUGAGUAUUCAAUGGUUGGCCUUAGAAUGUUAGCGUGUUUAGAAAGAAGAUGUAAGGAUUGUGAUGCGUUAUUUGGUGGUUUGAAUGUGUUUUUCGUUGGAAAUUGUAAUCAGUUAUUGCCUUGUAUGGAUCAACCAUUGUAUGCCCAUAUUGAUAAAUUGACCCAAUGUAAUUCACUUCUAGAAAGGGGAAAAAUGAUAAUGGGAGAAAUUACAAAAGUUUUUGUGUUAAAUAUCUGUCAUCGUUUUGCGAAUGCUGAAUACAUAAACUUUUUGACUCGUGUCAGUAAAGGUCAGUGUACGAUGAAUGAUGUCAAAGCAUUGAGUAAAAGAUGUGUAAAUGUAAUUGGAGCAACAGAAAGCAACCAAUUUAAGAAUUCAUUGUAUAUUACAUCUAUCAAUGAAUCUUGUAAUAAGAUUAACAAAAUUAAGUUGCUGGAGCUAAGGAAACCAUUGGCAUGUUUGAAGGCAAUCAAUAACAGCAACACUGCCUUUUUAUCAAGUGAUGACUUGGCUGAUGGUCUGCACAAUGACUUAGUUAUAUCUAAAGGUGCAAAAAUUAUGUUAAGAAAGAACAUCAAUAUAUCUACAGGUCUUGUCAACGGUGCUAUAGGUAUCAUAAGGCAUAUACUGUAUGAUCAUGGUCAAAGACCACCUACUUUACCAAUCUGCAUAUUGAUUGAAUUUGAAUCUGUGAAUCUUGAAGAUCUUCAUAUAAAAUAUGUACCAUUGGUUCCUAUUCAGUCUACGUGGUAUAAAAAUGGUAUAUGA